GUCGUAGCACUGCUCCAAUUUCCAUUUCUCAGAAGAGGAGUGGACAAUAACGUGCUUGACGGUCCCACGGGCGAGCACAACCUAGAGAUGCGUGUUGUUUUCUCUGAAACUUCCGGCGAUACGCAAGAUCUUGGCUUGGGAAAGCGAAGGUUAACUGCAGCUUUUCGAUCCCGCCACAGGGAAAAACUCUCCUUGCACGGCUUGCUGCCUUCCAGGCGAGGGUGGUGACUACUCCCCUGGCUACUAUACCAGUGUAUGAGCGUCAGCGACUGCAGCAUAUAAAAGCGACAGGCCGAUGGCCGUCAGAUAUUCUCCAAGUCAUCGUACUUCUAACACAAGCAGUACCCCCUCCUCAGUGCAAGAUGCGCUCUUUCACGCUCUACGCUUUCGUUCUUCUUUCUGUCAUUUGUGCUGGGGCGACCCCCAUUCCCGGGAGCGUCCCCCAGGCCAAAGCCGAGCCGUUCCUUCCCGAUCUUGAGGCUCGCAGGCACGGCGGCGACGAUGACGGCGAUAGGGACGGCGACCGUGACAACGAUGGUGACCGCCGCCGGAGCAUCGCUGCCUUGACUCGUCGCAGGCAUGGUGGGGACGACGACGGCGAUCGUGACGGCGACCGUGACAAUGACGGGGACCGCCGCCGUGACCUGACCCGCCGUAGGCACGGCGGAGAUGAUGAUGGCGACAGGGACGGCGACCGUGAUAACGACGGCGACCGCCGCCGCGACCUGACUCGUCGCAGGCAUGGCGGAGACGACGAUGGUGACAGGGACGGUGACCGUGACAAUGAUGGCCGGAGGCACGGCGGUGAUGAUGACGGUGACAGGGACGGCGACCGUGACAAUGAUGGCGACCGCCGCCGCGACCUGACCCGUCGCAGACACGGCGGAGACGACGAUGGUGACCGCGACAAUGAUGGCGAUCGCCGCCGCAGCGUCCUAGCUCGUCGUAGGCACGGCGGUGAUGAUGACGGCGACAACGAUGGGGACCGUGAUAAUGAUGGCGAUCGCCGCCGCGACCUGACUCGUCGCAGACACGGCGGAGACGACGAUGGCGACCGCGACGGAGAUCGUGACAAUGACGGGGACCGCCGCCGUAGCAUCGCUGAUUUGGCUCCUCGCCGGCAUGGUGGUGACGAUAACGACGGAGACCGCGACGGCGAUGGGGACCGCCGCCGCAGCGUCCAUGGCCUGACCCGCCGUAGGCACGGCGGAGAUGAUGAUGGCGAUAGGGACGGUGACCGUGACAACGACGGCGACCGCCGCCGCAGCGACCUGACUCGUCGCAGGCACGGUGGAGACGAUGAUGGCGACAGAGAUGGUGACCGCGACAAUGAUGGUGACCGCCGCCGCAGCGUCCUAGCUCGCCGUAGGCACGGCGGUGAUGAUGACGGCGACAGAGACGGCGAUCGUGACAACGAUGGGGACCGUCGUCGCAAUUUUGUCGACCUAGCUCGUCGCAGGCACGGCGGGGACGAUCGCGGCGACAGAGACAGGGAAGGCGACAACGACAGGGACCGUGAUGGAGAUCGCCGCCGCGGUGCGCUGGCUCGUCGUAGGCACGGCGGAGACGACGACGGCGACAAGGACGGUGACCGCGACAACGACGGCGACCGUCGCCGCAGCAUCGUCGACUUGGAUUAAUUCCCAUUAUCCUUCCCUCUCUCGGACUCUCGGAAAAUGUGGUUUUCUUCCUCCGUCCCGGGUGUCCUCACCGUUCCCUCGACUGUGUUCGCUCUGAUGCCGCUUGAGCUGGACUUUACUGGUUCAUAUACUGUCAUAAAACCUCAAUACAGCUGAAUUUAUGUGCUGCGUAAUUCUGCAUCCGAAUAUUGGACAUUGUAGCGUGCACUCAUGCAUGAUAUGCGGGAUUUUGGUGAAGUGCGGAGGCAGAAAUGGCGAAAAACUGGUGAAGAACUGUCCCUUGUGGCGCCGCUUAUGUAAUUUUGAAGCGCCGCGAAGACAGUGACGAAUCGCGACCAGUUCUCAACGUCUCAGUGUUGCUUGGACACUGCGCGGUCUCAGUCUGAAGGCCGUUUGAUGUCGUUCUUCUUUGUGUUUGCUCGAUGCUGAUGUGCUUCUCUUCUGCUCGGUAACAGAACCGUCUGGAUCCCCAGGAACUUGAAUGUCAUGAAGUUGAACGGCCCAGCACCUCCUCUAUUGUGACAUGUGCUUCAGUCCGGCGACCCCAAAUUUCCGCGCCGACUCUUCCCCUUUCUGCGCAAGUUCAUGAGCUCAGUGGGUUUACUCCCAGAAGCGGUGACUUACUCGUUGAGCUCACGGCGCCGUCGCCCUCCUCAAAGUACGCCGAGCUGGGGGGUUGUAAGCCUGUUAGAUGUGAGUACAUCGGAAACACAUACCACCGUCACGAAUGCACACGCACCAUUUGAUGGUACAACUAUUGUUAAGAGGGCGUAUAUGGCCAGUACUACGAGAUAGCUGAUAGUACGCAUCCUGGAAUGACCACGCAGAGACUCGGAAUCAGAAAGGCCCAACACUCAAGGCAGACCAGCUUAUAUACGGCAUUUAUUUAAGUACAGGUCC